UCAGAAUGAUAAUCUUUUCAUGUUCAACGUUAUUUAUGCUCCUUGCUGUCGGAGCUCUAGCAGACAGUCAAAGCCUUGGUUUAUUCCGUGGACAAUCGAUGAAAGUGGAUGAUUCUCAGGGCCUUGGAAUUGCAACUGCUACGGAUGCGUUGUUACGUGGCAGCCUUUCCACCGAUAUCUCUAAUCAGUUACAAAAUGUGGUCCAAUCUCAUCCGAAGUCUUCAGUAUGGAUUAUCCGUGUUCCGCCAACCCCAUCACAAUUGUACCUGAUCUUAGUUUCCCAGAAUCAAAGUCAAAACCUUAAUCGCUCAGCACAACCACCUAAAAUACAGGCAAGGACGAUGUCACAUCAUGUUGGUGAACACCGCCUUAUGCAAACACUUUACACAGUCUCACAGUUAGAGACGCAAUUAAGAAGUGAAAUUGCCCAAAUACUUGGUCUUCAGUCUGCCUCACAGACUUUGCAAAGCGCAGCCGAAACACAAGGUUCUCAGUCACAGUCUCAAUUACAAAAUCUACCAGUGAACAAUUUCGACCAAUCACAAGGCUCUCAAUCGGAGUCCCAAUCACAAAAUCAGAUUUUGAAUACCUUAGACCAAUCAAGAAAUAUUUAUUCUCAGUCAGGGUCACAGACUCAAAUACAAAAUCAAGGUGAUCAAAGCUUAACCGAUUCAAAAGGCUCUCAGUCACAGUCUCAAUCACAAAAUCAAUUAACUAAUAUUUAUUCUCGGUCAGGAUCACAGUUUCAAUUACAAAAUCAAAAAGGUCAAAGCUUAACAGAACCAAGAGGAUCUCAGUCACAGUCUCAAUUACAAAAUCAAUUAAAUGAUAUUUAUUCUCAGUCAGGAUCACAGUUUCAAUUACAAAAUCAAAAUGGCCAAAGCCCAACCGAUUCAAAAGGCUUCCAGUCACAGUCUCAAUCACAAAAUCAAUUAAAUGAUAUUUAUUCUCAGUCAGGGUCACUGUCUCAAUCACAAAAUCAAAAUGGACAAAGCUUAACCCAUCCAAAAGGCUCUCAGUCACAGUCUCAAUCACAAAAUCAAUUAAACGAUAUUUAUUCUCAGUCAGGGUCACAGUUUCAAUCACAAAACCAAAAUGGCCAAAGCCCAACCGAUUCAAAAGGCUCUCAAUCACAGUCUCAAUUACAAAACCUUCUAGUGAACAGCUUGGACCAAUCACAAGGCUCUCAGUCAGAGUCCCAAUCCCAAAAUCAGAUUGUUAACAGAUUAGACCAGUUAAAUAACAUUUAUUCUCAGUCAGGGUCACUAUCUCAAUCACAAAAUCAAAAUGGACAAAGCUUAACCCAUCCAAAAGGCUCUCAGUCACAGUCUCAAUCACAAAAUCAAUUAAAUGAUAUUUAUUCUCAGUCAGGGUCACAGUUUCAAUUACAAAAUCAAAAUGGCCAAAGCCCAACCGAUGCAAAAGGCUCUCAAUCACAGUCUCAAUUACAAAACCUUCUAGUGAACAGCUUGGACCAAUCACAAGGCUCUCAGUCAGAGUCCCAAUCCCAAAAUCAGAUUGUUAACAGAUUAGACCAAUUAAAUAACAUUUAUUCUCAGUCAGGGUCACUAUCUCAAUCACAAAAUCAAAAUGGACAAAGCUUAACCCAUCCAAAAGGCUCUCAGUCACAGUCUCAAUCACAAAAUCAAUUAAAUGAUAUUUAUUCUCAGUCAGGGUCACAGUUUCAAUUACAAAAUCAAAAUGGCCAAAGCCCAACCGAUUCAAAAGGCUCUCAGUCACAGUCUCAAUCACAAAAUCAAUUAAAUGAUAUUUAUUCUCAGUCAGGGUCACAGUUUCAAUCACAAAAUCAAAAUGGACAAAGCUUAACCCAUCCAAAUAACUCUCAGGCACAGCCUCAAUCACGAAAUCAAUUAAAUAAUAUUUAUUCUCAGUCAGGGUCACAGUCUCAAUUACAAAACCAAAAUGGCCAAAGCCCAACCGAUUCAAAAGGCUCUCAGUUACAGUCUCAAUCUCAAAAUCAAUUAAAUGAUAUUUAUUCUCAGUCAGGGUCGCAGUUUCAAUCACAAAAUCAAAAUGGCCAAAGCCCAACCGAUUCAAGAGGCUCUCAGUCACAGUCUCAAUCACAAAAUCAAUUAAAUGAUAUUUAUUCUCAGUCAGGGUCACAGUUUCAAUUACAAAAUCAAAAUGGCCAAAGCCCAACCGAUUCAAGAGGCUCUCAGUCACAGUCUCAAUCACAAAAUCAAUUAAAUGAUAUUUAUUCUCAGUCAGGGUCACAGAUUCAAUUACAAACCCAAAAUGUCCAAAGCCCAACCGAUUCAAAAGGCUCUCAGUCACAGUCUCAAUCACAAAAUCAAUUAAAUGAUAUUUAUUCUCAGUCAGGGUCACUGUCUCAAUCACAAAAUCAGAAUGGACAAAUCUUAACCCAUCCAAAAGGCUCUCAGUCACAAUCACAAAAUCAAUUAAAUGAUAUUUAUUCUCAGUCAGGGUCACAGAUUCAAUUACAAAACCAAAAUGUCCAAAGCUUAACCGAUUCAAAAGGCUCUCAGUCACAGUCUCAAUCACAAAAUCAAUUAAAUGAUAUUUAUUCUCAGUCAGGGUCACUGUCUCAAUUACAAAACCAAAAUGGCCAAAGCCUAACCGAUUCAAAAGGCUCUCAGUCACAGUCUCAAUCACAAAAUCAAUUAAAUGAUAUUUAUUCUCAGUCAGGGUCACUGUCUCAAUCACAAAAUCAAAAUGGACAAAUCUUAACCCAUCCAAAAGGCUCUCAGGCACAGCCUCAAUCACAAAAUCAAUUAAAUGAUAUUUAUUCUCAGUCAGGGUCACAGAUUCAAUUACAAAACCAAAAUGUCCAAAGCUUAACCGAUUCAAAAGGCUCUCAGUCACAGUCUCAAUCACAAAAUCAAUUAAAUGAUAUUUAUUCUCAGUCAGGGUCACUGUCUCAAUCACAAAAUCAAAAUGGACAAAUCUUAACCCAUCCAAAAGGCUCUCAGGCACAGCCUCAAUCACAAAAUCAAUUAAAUGAUAUUUAUUCUCAGUCAGGGUCACUGUCUCAAUUACAAAACCAAAAUGGCCAAAGCCUAACCGAAUCAACAGGAUCUCAGUCACAGUCUCAACUACAAAAUCAAAUUGUUAACAGAUUAGACCAAUUAAAUAGCAUUAAUUCGCAGUCAGGUUCACAGUUUCAAAUACAAAAUCAAAAUGGACAAAGCUCAACCGAAUCACAGGGCUCUCAGUCACAGUCUCAAUUACAAAAUCAAACUGGACAAAGUUUAACCGGAUCACAAGGAUCUCAUUCGCAGUCUCAAUUACAAAAUCUAAUUGUGAACAGCUUAGACCAAACAAAUAACAUUUAUUCUCAGUCAGGGUCACAGUUUCAAACACAAAAUCAGACUGGACAAAUCUCAACCGAAUCAAAAGUCUCUCAAACACAGUUUCAAGUACAGAAUCAAACCUUAAACAGCUUAGCCCAUUCCAAUGACUCUCCGUCCCAGUCACAGUUUCAAAAUCAAUCUACUAUAAUCACCACGAUAAACUCCACAGUCCAGAAAAUUACACAGUACAUAAUAGAAAGUCCUCCGCUCUUCUUCACGGUGUCGGAUAUUAAAGACGAUUCAAGGCUCCAAACUUUCGGUUUGAUAGAGAAGUACGGGUAUCCAUCACAGACCCACUACUUUUACACUGAAGACGGCUUCAAGCUCUGCAUGCACCGCAUACCACGGCCGGGAGCUCCGCCCGUGCUCCUCGUCCAUGGAUUGAUGUCUAGCUCGGUUUCUUGGGUGCAAUUGGGUCCAUCGAAUAGCCUGGCCUACCUUCUGUACCGGAAGGGCUAUGACGUUUGGAUGCUCAACACGAGGGGUAACAUCUACUCCCGGGAGCACAAGAAGAAACUGAACCAGCGGGACUACUGGGAUUUCUCCUUCCACGAGGUGGGCAAGCUGGACUUGCCGCCGGCAAUCGACUUGAUCCUGCAGACCACUCAUCAGUCGAAAAUCCAAUAUAUCGGGCACUCCCAGGGCUCCACCGCCUUCUUUGUGAUGUGCAGUGAGAGGCCCGAGUACGCCUCCAAGGUGAAUCUCAUGCAGUCCCUUGCGCCAACGGUGUUUAUGAAGGAUAAUCGUAGUCCGGUGCUCAAGUUCUUGGGAAUGUUGAAGGGCAAGUUUUCGAUGCUUGUGAACCUGUUAGGCGGCUAUGAGAUCUCGUCGAGGUCGAGACUCGUAAAGCAAUUCCGCGAACAUAUUUGCUCUACCUCGGAGCUGGCCAGUCACAUCUGUGCCACCUUUGAUUUUGUGCUCUGUGGCUUCAACUGGAAGUCCUUCAAUGAGACCCUUACCCCCAUUGUGGCUGCUCACGCCUCACAGGGCGCCUCCGCCAAGCAGAUUUACCACUACGCUCAGAUGAAUGGUAAACCUACCUUCCAGCCUUUCGACCACGGCCACAUCCUGAAUCACAUCCGGUACAAAAAUAACGAUCCGCCCAGCUACAACCUGUCACAGGCGAUUUCCAAGGUUGUGAUUCAUCACAGCAGUGGCGAUUGGCUGGGAGUUGACUCUGAUGUUGCCCAUCUAGAGCAAAUGCUGCCGAACCUCGUCGAGAGCAGAAAGGUCGCGUCCGAGAGCUUUGCUCAUUUUGACUUUACGAUCUCAAGAGAUGUUCGCACGCUGGUCUACGACAGCGUUCUCAACCAUCUAGAAAAACAUCUUAACACAAAUCAAUAGAUUCUUUGUUUUAUCACUAAGAAUAUUAACCGAAUAAAUAACGGAAUAUAUAUAAAUA